CAUCAAUUGAUGUCCAUCUUGGGUCCACAUCCCCGCAACAGCUGCCAGUUUCUCUCUUGUUCCCUUCUCUCCGCCAUUCUCUCCGGCUAGAAAUGGUAGUGCUAUACGCUUUUCGUACUUUUCAUUUCGCAUUGCUUGGUUAGCUUGGAGGCGUAUUGCUGAAGCCACCACCACCCCCGCCCUCUGAGUCUAUGGAGAAUCCGGACUUCUGUGCUUGUCAUCGAUAAAAAAGACGCGCAACCUUGCUGCUACCCUUACCGUUUCAUAUCAUCGCCAUAUACGCAUAUACAAUCCGCGGGCAACGAUGCGGCUCCAUCGGUUACAGACCUGUCUGCUGUUCGCAUCCGUCGCGACAGCCACUAUCACAUCCUCAAACACCUCGACGGCCGGCCCACGAUUCCAGGGCACUAUACCUUUGAAGCACGCCGAAGGCGAUAAAGCUCAGAUCGCACAACUCGUCCCAUUGACACGGGAAGCAGCACAACGAACAAUUGAGGGCAACCUGUACAGCACCAACGCCUCCACCGUCGCCAACAUCACCAACAGCGAGAUCGCAUACAUCAGUUGCAACCUGAACGACUAUACCGGCUUCAUAGACCCCCAGCGUGUCUUCGAGGACGCCUAUCGGAAUGCAAACAUAUCAGGCGUUAUAUUAUAUAGCACGGAAACGGACUACUGCGACUACGAGCAGAACAACAGCCAGGAGAUGAUGCAAGCCUUCCCGGUACUGUCAAUGACCAACAAGCAGGACUCGGCGACGCUUCGGGAUGCUAUCAGCAACCUGCCCGUACACAUGAAGUUUUUUGUGCGUGUGCAAGGUCGAGGGGAUGAUAACAAUAGCAACAAUGGAGGUUUCCAGCAGCAGAAUCCGUUGGGCCCAUCACCGUCGACAGCCGUAGCCAUGAUCAUCCUUUACAGCAUCACUGGCAUCAUCACUGCCCUAUUCUUAGUCAUCAUUAUCACGGGCGCUAUCCGAGCGCAUCGCCAUCCAGAGCGGUAUGGGCCUCGAAACGUGCUGGGACGACCGAGGCAGAGUAGGGCCAGGGGACUGGGUAGAGCUAUUCUCGAGACUAUCCCGAUCGUCAAGUUUGGCGAGAAAGAGCCCGCGAAACCAACCGAUGUCGAACUUGGGUCGACGAUAGAGGCAAGCAAUGUGACUGGCGCGGAUGCGCAUGCGCAUGACAAGACAGUGCAAACAACAGCCGGAGAGGAGGCGCCUGAUGCAACGCCGAAGACUGUCGCCGAUGUGACUGAUACACCACAAGAGGCAACAAGAGCCGCAGCAGACGAACAUCAAGAUGGUAUUGCACCAGCACAAACUCUCGCUGGAGGUGCUAUGUCGGGCACAAACAACAGUGCCUCUCAUGACGAGAACCUUGGCUGCUCCAUCUGCACGGAAGACUUCGAAAAGGGCCAGGACCUUCGCGUCCUACCUUGUGACCACAAAUUCCACCCUGAAUGCGUAGAUCCAUGGCUACUAAAUGUUUCUGGUACAUGUCCACUAUGCCGUGUCGACCUCCGCCCCGUAACCUCCCACGACUCCACCGCCUCCCAACCCAACCCUGACGACCUAGCCCCGCCCCUGGACCCCACAGCAGAUACCUCACACCGCCGCCGCACCGCCUUCCGCGAUAUUCUCUCCCUUCGCCACCGCCCCAACGCAUCAGCCGAGGAACGCAUAUCCGCUCUCCGACGCCUGAGAGAGCAGCGAGGAAAUCAGAGUAGAGAAGUGGUGGUGGAUGGUAAUUUAAAUACAAGUGCUGAGGAUGUCGCCGCGGCGAGUAGUAGGGAUAGGAGGAGUAAGAGGAUGAGUGCUAGGCUGAGCGAUGUGUUUAGUGGGCGGACGAGGAGGGAUAGGACGGAUGAGAGUCCCGGGCAGGUCGAGUCGAGUAGGGAUGGCGCUGGCGCGCAGCAGGCGCCUCCCGCAGAUGGGUCAACUGUGCCUAAUGCUACUGCAAGGUAGCCGUUAGGGCUUUCGCUUUCACAAGAGUCGAGACGGUGUCUGAGUCUUGUAUGAUUUGACGUUCGGCGUUCUGAAAUUGGUCAUUCGGAUCACAUUUGCAUGGGCUCCUCUGGGUAUUUUUUUUCUAGAUUGGGCAAUUCGCAUCGCAUGGCGUUUUGGGGGAUACCAUCAUUUAGCUCUAGCUCGAGCUUGGGUUUAUCUUUCGGGGGUUUACUGGAUAUGUUGUCAUGAUUGCAGUUCAUCAUGUAAGAUGCCAUCUACGAGAAAAAUGAAGUCUUAUUUGCUGUGUUUAGAUUUUGG